GUCUAGCGAAGAAGAAUCGUGUUCCUCGCGACCGCGUAGUUUUGCUCUGAAAAGUUAUAUUAAAAUCCAUCGCACCACAAAUCUCGCUUCUUCCUUCUUUUUCUUCUACACUUUCCGUCUAAAGAGCGCCCCGAUUUCAUCUGAGUUUUCCGAUUUCUUCGCUCCGGGAAAAUCUCCAAUUUACAGUCAUUUUCUUUUUAUAGGAGAAUAUGGCAACUAGGGGUCAAGGUGGUAUCCAACAAUUGCUUGCUGCAGAGCAAGAAGCUCAGCACAUUGUCAAUGCUGCCAGAAAUGCAAAAUUGGCUAGACUGAAACAAGCCAAAGAAGAGGCUGAAAGGGAAAUUGCUGCAUAUCGUGCCCAAGUCGAGUCUGAAUUCCAAAGAAAACUCACUGAGAGUAGCGGAGAUUCAGGAGCUAAUGUUAAGCGGCUCGAAGUUGAGACAGAUGUAAAGAUUCAAAACCUGAAAGAAGAGUCUGCUAGAAUUUCACACGAUGUUGUGAACAUGCUCCUGAAGCAUGUGACAACCGUGAAAAAUUGAACUUCUUGAUCUUAAAAGGUUGCAGUAAGAACCUCUAAAUUAUGUUAUUCUUUUUGUGGUGCCUGGAAACGGCUUAAAUUGCAUGUGUAUUAUGGAGAUGAAAUCCUUUCCUUUGUAUGGAAUCAGCAUUUUGCAGACUGCACUCUGUUGUUGAAUAAAACAUAAUUUCAUUCAAUGUUACAGUGCUAUGUUUUAUCA